AUGGACAUCUUUCGCUGGCUUAUAGAAUGGUUCGAUCAGUAUGUCAGGCCCUACCCACCUCCUGCGCUGGAGAACAUGCGCUUGGGGCCUGACGGUCUUACAGAAAACGCGCUCAUGAUCCAAUUCUUCACUUGGCAGAGCAGGCAUCCUACUAUGAGCUGGUGGAAGCACUUUGAAUCAGAAAUACCCGGGCUGGCAGACAUAGGUGUCACGCAGGUGUGGUUGCCACCGCCUCACAAGGCUAUGCACAAACACGGACAAGGUUACGACGCGUAUGACCUGUGGGAUCUAGGCGAAUUUUAUCAGAAAGGAACCGUUCCUACAAGAUGGGGGACCAAGGACGAACUGGUCCAGGCCGUUGCCACGGCAAAUGCACACAAAAUUGACGUCCUCAUCGACGCUGUUCUGAAUCACAAACUUGGCGGAGAUAGAUGCGAGACUUUUAACGCUGUUCCAGUCGAUCCGCAGAACCGGUUGAAGGAGCUCACUCCAGCGCGAGAGAUCGAGGGAUGGACUGCGUUUGACUUCACUGGACGAGGCGGCAAGUACAGCAAACUCAAAUGGACUCAUGAGCACUUCACUGGCUUAGACUGGGACCACAGACGCCGUCUCAAAGGUGUAUAUCGCAUUGUCAGUAACAAGCACAAGGGGUGGUCUCAGAAUGUGGACAACGAGCUGGGAAACUACGACUAUCUGCUGGGAAUGGAUAUCGACCAUCGGCAUCCGGAAGUGCGCAAGGACCUUUUCGACUGGGGCAAUUGGGUUCUCAAGACUACCGGUGCAAGCGGCUUUCGUCUUGAUGCCAUCAAGCACAUGGACAGAUGCUUUCUCCUCGAUUUUCUCAAACAUGUGCGCCAUUGCACAGGUAGACCAAAUCUAUUCGCAGUGGCAGAGUAUUGGUCCGGGGAUGUUAACCUAAUCAAGCCGUAUAUUCGCGCGUUCGAAGGCGUGGUGACGUUCUUCGACGUCCCGCUGCACUACAACUUCCACGAAGCGAGCAAAACCGGAGCUCGAUAUGACUUGGGAACUAUCUUCGACAACACGGUCGUUAAGCUCCGCCCAGGGGAUGCCAUAACCUUUGUUGAUAACCAUGAGUACCAAGUCGGGCAAUCCCUUGAGAGCUGGGUCGGGAGCAGUUUCAAACUUCAGGCUUAUGCAUUGAUAUUGUUGUGGGGCGAAGGCCACCCGUGCAUCUUCUACGGCGAUUUAUACCCUAACGAGGAAUGCUACGAUGAGGUGGUCGCACAAGGGCUUAGACGCCUCAUUGAAGCCCGGAAGAAGUUCGCAUACGGCACAAAGAUGGAUUACUUCCACGACCGGAACUGCGUCGGCUUUGUGCGCAUGGGCGACUCAAUGCACAGAGGGUGCGCAGUGCUUGUCAGCAACUCGCAUCACAGCCAUGGGGCCCAUACAAUCCGUAUGAAUGUCGGAACAGGCAAUGGAGGAUCGUCCUUCGGCUCCUUUAUGGAUCGAUCUCGACGAGUCCAAAUCUCGCCUGAUGGGUGGGGAUUAUUCACAUGCAUUCCCGGGCACGUCGAAGUGUGGGUGCGAGACGACCAUCUGACAUUCGACUCAGACUCUCCGGAUCGCAGUUCGUAG